AAAAAAAAAUAAAAUAAAAUAAAAAUUAGUACAUGUGUAUACAAAACGCGUAACUUUAUUUUUCUUAUUUGAUAUACACAUAUAUUUUAAAGUAAUUAAAAUCCAAGUACUAUAUAUAUAUAUAUAAAUAUAUAUAAAACGAAAGAUGCCAUCAGGAAAUGAAGAUAAUGUAUUGCAUAAAUCAGGACCUAAAAGAAAACGGUCAAGAAGUAGAAGUGGAGGAUUAGACCCAAAAGACGAUUUGAACUAUGUUGAUGACGAGAGUGAUUUAUCUUCCGGUGAUGAUACUUUUACUUUGAGUGAUCUUGAUGUUCAUCCUUCUCAUGAUGAACAUAACUCUAAUCAACAUCAUACACCCUCAACAGGAAGAAAGAGAGGAAGGCCAAAAGCUUCAUCAGCAAGAGAAGAUAGACGUCAUAGAUCGACAACAAUUUCAUCAACAGGUGCUGCUCAUGGAGGUGCAUCGUCUGUUUCAGCUUCUUCACAAACAUAUGGUUCCCCUGCUACACCUUCUAAUACUGGUUAUGUUAGUGAUAUCGAUGAAACCGGAGAAACUAAAAUUGAUAAAUUUGGUAGAUUAAAAGAAGGUCGUGAAUAUCGUGUUCCUACAUUUACACUACCUACUCGAGAUGAGACACUUUUUAUGUUCUCAAAAGAUCCAGCAGCAUUAUUAGGAUUUCGUGAUAGUUUUGUAUUCUUGAAAAAGAAUGUAAAUUUAGUUAAAGUACAUAUUGAUGCAGUAGAAAAGGGAUAUUUAGUAGAUUCUAAUAUGCUACGAUCUACUUUUCGUACAAGAGAGAUUUCAGUUGUGACAGCACGCUCUGUAUUUAAGCAGUUUGGACAUCGUAUUAUCAAAAGAGGACGUAAAGGAAGGGAUGAUUAUUAUUAUACAGAUGAAGUCGAUGAUGGCGAAGAAGAACAAUCAGAUGAAGAGACAUUUUCAGCAAGCUUUGGGAAAGAUUUUUCAGAGAAUAAGCCUACGCCUGCAUCUGCUUUCCUUCCAUCUAAUACGAACACUACUAAUAUCAACACAACUACCACCACCAAUAAUAAUAAUACUAAUAAUAAUAAUGCAACCAAUCAUUUAGCUAUGAAUACAGUAGCAACACUUGAUAUCGGUAGAAAUAAUUUAUCACACAAACCAACAGCACAAGACUCUUUUGAAAAUGAUUUAAAUUGGAUGCAUAACGCAGCUGUUUCUACACGACAAUUUAACACUUCCCUAUUUAACUAUCGUCGUACAAAUCCAACUCAAUAUGAUUUAUUAACAAAUGUUUAUCAAAUUCCUGUAAGUAGGCAAACGCUUAUAGAUCAUUCUCUUCUUAUCAAUACCCAAUCUCAUAAAUAAAAAUAAAGAAAGAAAGAAA